GGAGAAGGGAGAGUAAAACGCCGACAAGGUGAAGGUGCAAAGAGCUUCUCACUAACAAUUUGGUUGAGGUUCUGCUGCGACUGCGGCCCUGCAGAGCCCCCAGCAGGCGGAGGGACCGAAUUCUGCUGCGGCGGCAUUCCAUUAUGUGGCGGCAAUCCCGCGCUGGGUGGUCCGUUUCCUACGCUCAUCGCGCGUCCAGCCCCAGGCCCUGGCAGGGGCCCGGACAUGGCACAGGUUUCCUUGCUCUUUCACGAUGCGCCGCACAGUCGCAUUCACCUCUAGGCGGAUUCGGUCGCGUGGAACAUGGAGCGUGUGUAGACGUAGAGGCGACGCGUGUGUGGGUGAAUGGGUCAGGGUUGAGUGAAAGCGGAAGUGUUCUGGCUGUUGUAUGCUAUGGAAGAGCUGUACGCUCACUCCUCCGUGAAUCGCGGUGGAAGUCGCGACGGCCGCCAGACCGCGCCUGCCUGUGGCCGUGCGCGCCAAGCUCGUUGCGGGGAGCUGUCGCGGUACCUAGCCUGCGCUAGAGCUCUUGCGCUUCCACUUGCUGCACAAUCAUUGCCAAUCCAGUUUCUCACACACCCUCUGUACUGCUCACCGCUGUUCUCUCUACGCCAGCAGUGAGCUUGCUCGCCCCAGAAACCAGCCUUCCACUCUCUCGGACCGC